AUGCAGCAGAUUCGGUUGGUCGCCUGGAUAUUAGCGCUGCUGGUGGCGCAAUCGGCUCGUGCCAAUCUGGCCGGUGAAAGUACCGUGACGACGGCGGCCGGGAAGCUGAUCGGUGGCUCCCCCUCUUUGCCGGCGUCGUCGGAGCCCCUGUCCUUCGGAAGCCUGUACCGGAGCGCCCGGGAUGAGUACGGUGCCGGUGCCCGGGGGCGCUGCUCGAACUGUGGACCGGGCUACGAACGGGACAUGCGUACCGUGGGCUACGGCCGACCGACAGCAACCGGUGUUACCGGGUUCUACAGCGGGAUGGGUUCGAUUCUGGACGAUCGCAACUGGUACUACCGCCCGGAAGGGUACGAGCCGAACUAUCAAUCGCCGGCUAGCCACCGACAGCCACCGGCGUACAUGGGCGGCUACGACUACGAUCGUUACAUGCACCGUCCGGAUGACCGCGGUUACGGUGGAUACCCGGGAAUGGCGAUGAGAGCCGGAUACGGAUACCCGGAUGGCGGCAGCAGCAGCAAGAUGCCAUACUAUCCGGACAUGAUGAUGCGCGGCUACGGUUACCGGGGUAACGGCUACGACAACUUGGAUCCCCAGUACGAGUACUACAUGAUGCAGCGGGGUGGAGCCAGCAGUGGCUACAAUAUGAACAAUCGAGAUCGCUACGGCCACUACGACGAUCGCAUGGGCAACCGAGGUUACUACGACCAGAAGAACUUCCGGCCGUGGGACGAAACGUACAGAGGAGUAUCUGGUUUUGAUAAUUCUGGACGUGGUUAUUAUUUUGCAAGUCGUCCCACCACCUCUUCCUCCCCAUCAUCAUCAUCAUCAUCGUCACCCUCAUCCGCAUACGGCCAUCCAUCCUACCACUCCCAAACGGCACCGGCGGCAUCAUCUAUCCAUACUGGCUACGGUGCCAGUGAAGGUAGCCACGCAGGAUACCGACCGGAGCAGCAGCCACACAGUCCCGAUCGACCGGACUACAGCCAGCAGCCAACCGAUUCGAACGGCUGCCGCAAUCGAUACCCGGAGCAGUCGCCAGCACCACAAAAUGGCUACCACCACGGUAGUGGUGGAUCGGCACCCUACGGCGGUCAGCGGCCUUCGUCGGCCCCCGGAACCUGGAACUACUUAGGUGGUGGUGGCACAGGGCCGAUCAGCACCGAUCAGAACCACCAUUACGGAGGCGCAGCAAGUGCCGGAGGUCAGUACGGUGGUAACAAGGACUCCCGACCAGGACACCAUCCCGGUGGUGCCGGUAGCCCGACGAACGAAUACGGCGGUAAUCGAGGGUCCGAACACCCGAACCGAGAAACAGAUCAUCGGCAGCAGAGCACUGCCUAUGGUGGACGGCCGGCGCGACCGACGUAUGUAGGCGACACGAGCUAUCUGAUGGACCGGGACGACGCCGAUAACGAGGCGGACGGCAGUAACCGAAUACCGUCGACGGCGGCCAUAGGCGAUGGGGGCGAUGCGGCACACGCCGGUAGUGCACCGGAACCGAGCAGCAGUACCGUGGCCAAGUCCAGUGAGCCAGGCCUCGAGUUGGAACCAACCAGGAGUGCUCGGACCGUGUAG